UCCAACAUGGCGAACAGAACGGUGUCAGACGCAAGGACAGUGAAAGGAACUAAUCCACAGUAUUUAGUAGAGAAAAUUACUCGAUCCCGUAUCUAUGAAAGCAAAUUUUGGAAAGAGCAAUGCUUUGCUCUUACAGCUGAAUUGUUAGUUGAUAAAGCCAUGGAGCUUGAUCAUAUUGGAGGGACGUUUGGUGGUAAUAUAAAACCUACUCCAUUCCUAUGCUUAUUGCUGAAAAUGCUGCAGAUACAGCCUGAGAAGGAAAUCAUUGUAGAGUUUAUCAAGAAUGAUGACUACAAGUAUGUGAGAGCCCUUGGAGCAAUGUACAUGCGUUUGGUUGGUACAUCAUUGGAUUGUUAUAAUUACCUGGAGCCAUUAUUCAAUGACUAUAGAAAACUGAAAAAGAAAAACAAAACUGGAGCAAUGGAACUGGUUCACAUGGAUGAAUUCAUAGAUCAGCUGCUCAGAGAAGAACGAGAAUGUGAUGUUAUUUUACCUAGAAUACAGAAACGAAAUGUUUUAGAAAGUAGCAAUGACUUAGAACCACGGAGAAGUCUUCUAGAAGAUGAUUUGGAUGAUUUAGAAUCAGAGGAUGAAGAAGAGGAAGAAAAGGAGCCCACUCCACCUCGCCGUCGAAGCCGUUCACCAGAGGAUUCAUACAGACGACAUCGAGAUCAUGAUAAACAUCGACGACGAAGCAGAUCACCUCACAGACGCAGUAGAUCACGCUCUCCAAGAAGAAAAAGAAGAAGUCCUUCCCCGAGAAGAAGACGCCGAAGUCCCUCGCCUCAUCAUCGUAGACACCGAAGUCGUAGUCGAUCACGAUCGCCUCGUCGUCGKCAUUCCCGAUCAAGGUCGAAGUCUCGUUCGCCUCGUCGUCGACAUCGUUCGCGCUCCAACUCACCCGAUAAAAAACACAAGAAAUCCAAGAAAGAAAAGAGCGAGAAGAAAGACAAAUCGAAGCAUGGUGACGAAGGAAUGACGAAGGAAGAACUAGAAAUCAAAGAAGCUAAUGAACUGAGAGCGAGUCUUGGUUUGAAACCACUAAAAUGACUAUCUUCAGUAGACACUCUAAUACGCAGUGUACAUUGAUAUGUCUGUCAUGUUGGAGAUGAUUACAAGCUGCAGGCUUGAUUCAUUGGUCGUUUACCCUGAUGACGCAUUAUCACUUUCAUGGCGAAAUGCAUCUUGGUAUUGAUAGAGUAUUAAAAGACGGCGGAUGUCUUGUAAAAGUACAGUAGUUCAAAAAUACCACGUGAUUAGGGGAACCGACCAAUCAGCUUGUUGUGAAUGAUGCGUUUCAACUUUUCAGUCUUACUGGAUAUUUGUAUUCGUUGCAAGUGUUUUAGGCUUGAGUAGAGACUAUUAGUCAAGAGUGAUUUUCAUCGGACUGUGAAAGAGUGAAAUAGUUCCUACGCUAAUGGACGCUAGUAGACUCUACACCCAUUGCUUUCUUUUAUUAGAAUACAACUAUUAGAUACUAUUGAACACUUUUACUCCGACGAAGGAUUAACGUCCGAAACAUCAGUAAGUUAUUUCACUUUUUUUACGGUGUUAAAUUUAUCUAUUUACACAACUGUUUCUUUAGAAAAACCGACGCAGCUAACACUAGUUUACCGCUAGUUCCCACCAUUUUACUAUUGAACACUGACUAAUAGUAAUUGUUUCACAGUUCGAUGAAAACCACUCUAUGCAACUCCUAAAUGGCCAACUCUAGAUAUUUUGGUUCAUUGCCGGAUUUCAAACCGUGGGGGACUGGGCAAAUUCCCCUAAUUGGGUAAUCAUGACAUAUAAGACUUACAUAGAAAGAAAGCCCUUGUUGAGAAAUGCAAAAUUCCAAAAUUUGAUGUAAAUCAGUCCAAUAUUGAGCGAGUUACGGUCUUUCAAAUAUUAUAAUUUUUCCAAAGAAAUGUAUGGAAAGCCG